AACAAAAUAAAGAAGUCUAUGCAAUUUAUUUAAAGACGUGUUUAUCACAACUCAAUAAUAAUAGAAAAGCCAAGAUGUUAUACGUUGAGACCUGUUUAGUCAUGCUUGAAGAUAUAAUGACGUUGAUACAGACUGUGUCAUCGGAUGUGAUUGAUACCAUCGCGAGUUUGAUGCAGAGUCAACUCUCAAAUACUGAUCCUAUCAGUCUGUUUGGUCGUUUGUCAGCUUGUUUGUCGGCGCUUCUGAAACUCACACUAGAUGUCCUACGAAAUGCUGCAUACUUAUUAUCUAAAAGGGGUUGGUUGUUCCCACGCGGCUCCAUCAACGCAAAUACAAGAUGAACAGACUGUCAUAGGUGACCGUGUACAGGAACCAUCGCCCCUUGAGCAUACGAAUAAGGAAUACUCAGAACGGUCGACAAAAGACGUCGUCGGUGGUGCAAUAACAGCCGGUUGUAUUAAAGCAAGAAGCGUCUGCAAAUCACCCAAGAUUAAAAUGGGCACUCGCCCUUUGAGACAAUCCCCGACAGAUGUUGAUUUCUUUGACAUCGAUACUAAGAUAUGUAAUACCAUGCGGCGCCAACGUUUGAAUUCUAUGACAAAAAUAAAGCACGGAAUCUCUGCGUUGAUGCCUUUAGCAAACGUACGCUCUGCAGAAUCUACUUCAAAUGACAUUGUUGACAUUAGCAAUACCGCUAGUGUAACAGAAAGAACUCCCUACAGGACAGUGGAGUCAAAGCGCGAAGUACGAAAUAGACUCAAUACAAACAAAUAA